CAGUUGGUUUUCCAUUCUAAGCAAACAAAAAGAAAACUUUGUGCUCCAAGAGAAUAUAAUGGGUAGUCUCUCAUUUGAAAAGGACUUUGAGCUAUCGGCCAUGACACCCAAAGGUUUAGCAACGCCAUGUUUGUUUCCGAAUGGCGACAACAAGAGGCAGAAGGUGGAGCCACCUGCCCCAAGGAAGAAUCUGCAACUUGCUGUGACGGAGCCAGGCUUCGGAAAUGACGGCUCUAAUUUCUUGGACUCUAUCUUGGUCAAUUAUUUAGAUACACUUACUCAGCGAGUCAAUUUUCAUAUAGGUUAUCCGGUGAAUAUUUGUUACGAUCAUUAUGCCACUUUAGCACCACUUUUGCAAUUCCACCUUAAUAACUGUGGUGACCCUUUCAUUGAGAACACUGUGGAUUUCCAUUCAAAAGACUUUGAAAUGGCUGUUUUGGAUUGGUUUGCCAAUCUAUGGGAAAUUGAAAAGGAUCAAUAUUGGGGCUAUGUUACCAAUGGUGGCACUGAAGGCAAUCUCCAUGGCAUUUUAUUAGGGAGAGAGCUACUUCCUGAUGGAAUAUUAUACGCGUCAAAAGACUCUCACUACUCGGUAUUCAAAGCUGCAAGAAUGUAUAGAAUGGAUUCGGAAACGAUCAACACAUUAGUAAAUGGGGAGAUGGAUUAUUCAGACCUAAGAGAAAAGUUGCUUCAAAAUAAGGACAAACCAGCUAUUAUAAAUGUUACAAUUGGAACUACCUUCAAAGGAGCUGUUGAUGACCUUGAUAUUAUUUUUCUAACACUCAAAGAUUGUGGCUAUUCACAAGAUAUGUUUUACAUCCAUUGUGAUGCAGCACUAAGUGGGUUUAUUGUCCCCUUUAUAAACAAUAUGAUAAGCUUCAAGAAGCCAAUUGGAAGCGUCACGAUUUCUGGUCAUAAGUUUUUGGGAUGUCCAAUGCCUUGUGGUGUCCAAAUAACAAGAAAAUCCUANUAUCCGGGGCGGGCUCCCGACAUCAAAACUUGA